AAGCGUUGCGCACGAUAAGGAAGCAUACAAAUACCAAAACAAAUUAAUUUUCAUUUUUUUAUUAAAGAAAACAAGAAACCAGAGAAAAUAUUAUAUCAUCGGAAAAUCGAUCAGUUUGAUUAUCGCACAGUUACGAAUUUGAUCGGAAAGGAAGUGUUGACACUGAAAACACAUUAAGGUUUUUCGGUACAGAAUUUGAGGAUUCCUCUGCAAUGAUACAAGUGAAUGAGAAAGAAACUAGUAUUGUUCCAAGGGAUGAGAUGCAAAACGGUGGAUUCAUACAAGCACAAUCAAUAAUCUUCAGCUCUAAGAAACUUCAAGAUGAUCUGCACGCGAUUGGACUUAAAAUUAAGCAGCACGAGGAUAAUGUGAAAUUAUUGAAAAGCCAGAGAAACAAAUUAGAGGAUUCCAUUCUAGAUAUGCAAGUUAUACUUGGCAAGUACCAUGCCUCAACCCCACCUGAUACUGAAAAUACUCACAACUCCAACCAGAGCGAGGAGGAAAUCAUAGAACAGAUUCUACGGCAUGAAAUGUCUGCUGCGGCCCUUUUUUACCAGCUGAGGGUUCGCCAUGGCAGUGAUGCUUCUGAUGCAUCAUGCACCAAUGAUGUGCUUGGUGUCGUUGCUACUCUAGGCAGAGUAGAUGAUGAUAAUCUUAGCAGGCUUCUUGCUGAAUAUAUAGGAGUAGAGAGCAUGUUGGCUAUUGUCUGUAAGACUUAUGAAGGAUUGAGAGCUCUUGAGACCUAUGACAAAGAAGGCCAUAUAGACUCUGGUGGCCUUCAUGGCCUUGGUUCUACUAUUGGGAGGGCGCUAGAUGGUCGAUUUCUUGCAAUCUGUCUUGACAAUAUAAGGCCAUACUGUGGUGAAUUUCUGGCUGAUGACCCGCAAAGGAGGCUUGAUCUUCUAAAGCCAAAAUUACCCGAUGGAGAGUGCCCACCUGGAUUUAUUGGCUUUGCUGUAAAUAUGAUCAGUGUGGAUGUUACAAACUUGUUUUAUGUCACAUCUAGCGGAUAUGGUCUUAGAGAGACUCUGUUUUAUAACCUAUUCUCUCGACUGCAAGUUUACAAAAGUAGGGAGGAAAUGUUUCGAGCUCUUCCUUGCAUAAGUAAUGGUGCCAUUUCACUAGAUGGAGGAAUAAUUAGGACUACUGGCCAUUUUUCUCUUGGAAAACAGAAUAAUGUAGAUGUACGAUUCCCUAAACCUUCGUCUAAUCCACCUGACAUCUACCUCGAGACUGAGAAGCAGCUCAAGGAAGUGACAUGGAAAAAAGAAAAAAUGACACAGGAUAUCAAGCGAGAACAAUCACUGUGGAACGCCGCAAAGUACAAUUUUGAGAGAAAGAAGGAAGAGUUUGUCAAGUUCUUGGCUGAAACCUCAGCUUAUGCAACUCAGGUGGCAGAAAAGCUGCAGCGUGCAUUUUUCCGGUUAUCACAAGCACUUGCCGACCGUGAUUGUCCAUUUAGGACAUGUUUUGUAGUUGGAAAACAAAGUGUAGCCAGCGUCAAUUUAGUUCAUUUUCUGUUUCCUUUAUUUCAACCAAAUUCUAGUGUACAUGUCUUUAGGUUUUUUUGCCUAUCAGAGGCUGUUAAGUUUGUGACAUUCUUGCUGUAAUGGUUUCAUAAGUUCUUGCAGUAACGUUACUAUCA